AUGAUGGCCAUCCUGGCUGCGAAGGCAAACCAUGGGCUCUUUGUCACCGACUAUUUCACUCGGACGCCCCGCAAGCUGAACGCCUUCCGAUCCUUCACCAGCAUCGAGCUUUUCCAUUUCCGCAUCCCUGAGGACACAGUCGUGGCUGUCUGGAAUCUCAUCACCUUCAAAGAGCAGGGCGGCACCUUUGGAGACCAGUGCCCGGACCGAAGCGUCACUGUGUAUUUCCGUUCAGGGGCCCCUCCCGUCAUCAGCCCCCUGCACGCCCACUUCCCCAGGGACACGGCCGUGCCAGGCUCUUUUGCCCUCACGCUCACCUGGACGCUGCCCAACCGGACCACGGGGGUCUUCAACAUCACCAGCCCCCUGCCUGGGGACUGGUUCCUGGCUGCCCACUUGCCCAGGGAGCAGGGCAAGAUUUCUGUCAAGGGACUUGCGGAGGACUGCCAGUACCUCUUCCAGCCACAGCUGAUUGUCCAGCGGCUGGUGGGCAUUGGGGUGCUGUACCCAGGCUACGUGGCUGACCACGUGCUGCCCCCCCACAACCGCUCCCUGCUCUACAAGGUCUUCAUUCCCAGCUACACCUCCCGCGUGCUGGUGCAGCUGCGGAGCUGCCCCGGGGCCAACCAGAGUGGAGAGGGCUGCCCGCUGUGGCUGAAAGUGCGUGGCAAGGCACCCCCGCUGCACAACUCCACUGCCGCUGACUGCCGGGAGCAGUCGCCCUGCCGCCUGGCGCUGGAUCUCCCCUUCUGGCAGAACUGGUACUACGUGCUGGUGGAGAAGGAGCUUGGGGUGGCCGGCAGCGUCAAGUUCCAGCUGCUUGUGCAGCUGAAGGACUGCUCCCGGACAGGCCUGACCCGCGCCCCCUUCCAACUGCCUGGUUCUAAUCUGAACAUGCCGCAUUCCUUUGGCUCCCCAGGGAGGGUGGCGGUGGCAGACAGCCAGCCCCCCUCCCCUCCAAACGUCUCCCAUCACCCACCGCCCUCUGCCCCUGCCGCCCCUCCGGCGGCCAGCGAGCACUGCUGGCCCAUCCGGCCCACCCUGCGCAACGAGCUGGACACCUUCUCCGUGCACUUUUACAUCUUCUUUGGACCCAAUAUCUCGGUCCCUCCGGACCGGCCAGCCACCUUCGCCAUCAGCCUCCUGCCCGUGCUGGACAGCGGAGGCACCCUCAACCUGGAGCUCAAACUCAAUGUGUCCUCCCUGCGGGGGGAAAAUGCCACCGUUUUUGCCUGCUUGAACCACGAGGUCCCUCUGGCACUGGAGGAGAACUCAUCUGUCAGCUGUGAGACAGAACUCCUGGCUGGGUUCCUCCUGUCCAUCAAUGCCACUGCCCCCCUUGCCCGGCUGCGGAUUCCCUACCCACAGACGGGGAGCUGGUACCUGAGUCUGCGCUCGCUCUGCACCUCUGACCGUGGGUAAGGCGGCCCAGGAAGAGUUCCAUGUGGGAAUGUGACUGCGGAGGUGUACCUGCGCACCUACCUCUCGCCCUGCAUUGACGACUGUGGCCCUUACGGGCAGUGCAAGUUGCUCCGCACCAACAACUACCUGUACGCGGCUUGCGAGUGCAAAGCGGGCUGGAGCGGCUGGGGCUGCACGGACAACGCAGCCGCCUUCUCCUACGGGUUCCAGCUGCUCUCCACACUGCUCCUCUGCCUGAGUAACCUCAUGUUCCUCCCUCCGGUGGUGAUUGCCGUGCGGAGCAACUACCUCCUGGAAGCGGCCGUCUAUAUCUUCACCAUGUUCUUCUCAACGUUCUAUCACGCCUGUGACCAGCCGGGCAUCGUGGUCUUCUGCAUCAUGGACUACGACGCGCUGCAGUUCUGUGACUUCCUGGGGUCCCUCAUGUCCGUUUGGGUCACUGUGAUCGCCAUGGCCCGGCUCCAGCCCGUUAUCAAACAGGUGCUGUACCUCUUGGGGGCCAUGCUACUGUCCAUGGCGCUGCAGUUGGAUCGACACGGCCUCUGGAACCUGCUGGGACCCAGCCUCUUUGCCUUGGGGAUCAUGGCCGUGGCAUGGACAGCACGAAGCAUCCGCCGGAGGCGCUGCUACCCACCCACCUGGCAGCGCUGGACCUUCUACUUGCUCCCCGGUGCUCUGAUCGCAGCCUCAGCCGUGCUGCUCUACGCCUUUGUGGAGACGGAGGAGAACUACUUCUAUAUCCACAGCAUUUGGCACAUGCUCAUCGCGGGCAGCGUGGGCUUCUUGCUUCCCCCUCAAGCCAAGGCCAAGGGCACCAGUUUUGCCGGCCCACUGCCUCGCCGGAAAGGCUGCGGCUACCAGCUCUGUAUCAACGAGCAGGAAGAGCUCGGCCUCGUGGACCCAGGGGCCGCAGCCUCCGUCACCAGCGUCUGCACUAGCUGA